AUGGCUUUUACUCUAGGACAUGCAGUUUCUCAUAUAUUCAUCUUUGUAUGUUUGCUUUCAAUAUUCCUAGGGACCCCUUCCUUAUGUUUUAAACCCAAAAAACUUGUUAAUGUUACUUCCAACUUCUCAUCUGAUUCAGGUUGGGCAUCUACCAUGGCUACUUGGUAUGGACCUCCGGAAGGUUAUGGAAGUGAUGGUGGGGCUUGUGGAUAUGGAAAAGCUGUUGGCCAACCUCCAUACAAUUCAAUGAUAUCAGCCGGAAACCCUGUCAUCUACCAAUCAGGAAAAGGAUGUGGUUCAUGCUAUCAGGUGAAGUGCACAGAAAAUCCUGCUUGCUCAGGCAAUCCUAUUAGGGUAGUUAUCACUGAUUUGUGUCCUGAGUGUAAUCAUUAUUUUGAUUUGAGCGGCAAAGCUUUUGGUUCCCUGGCAAAAUCUGGUCAAGCUAACAACCUACGCAAUGCUGGAAAAAUAUCUGUUCAAUAUGAAAGGUGUCCAUGA